CUUCUUUCAGAGGUUUCUGUUUGUUUCUGUGAAAAGAUUCUCGGCGGUUACGUUUUCUUGACGGUGGGCUUUCUAUACAUACAUACAUACAUAUCUAUAUCUAUAUAUGUAUGUAUCAGUGGGGCUCUGCUCUCAAUCAAACACACCUCUCUCCUCCAUCGCAUUCUUACAUCGUUAAUUUUAGGACAACAAGUUACAUAAAUUUCCGAAUCAAUGGAAGAAGGGGGAAAGAACUCGUCUGGUUCUUCACUUGCUUCUGAUCUUUUCGGUUCGAAGGAUUCCUCCUCUGCACCUUCUUCUUCUUCUGGAAUUUUCGGUUCCAUUUUUGCCCCUCCUCCUAAGGGCUUGGGAUCCGAACAUUCAACAAAAACCGAGACGAAGAACAACGAGUCGAGGAAUCCUUCAAUCUCAAAUAAAAAUCCUUUACAAAGUGAAGAAGGCCAAAGCCACGCGCCGCCGUAUUAUCAAGAGGAGCAGAAAGUGCAGCCGUUUCAUUACAGCUCUUCGAUAUACUAUGGUGGUCAGGAUGUGUAUUCUCGGCCGCAAGAUCCUCAAAACCCGGGGUUAACUACCUUCAGUAAAGACGGGGGAGAAGACGACGCCGGAAGUGCUUCGAGAGGGAACUGGUGGCAGGGAUCUCUUUACUACUGAGAUUUCUUCCCAUGAAGAACUUCAUCUAGGAAGCUAUAUAUACAUAUAUACAUAUAUAUAUAUAUUUAAAAUAUAUGUAGGUAUGUGUAUGUAUAUUUUAUAUAUGUAGAGCAAGAACAGCUUAUAUCCAUCGUGUCUCUGUAUUAAGAGAACAGAGUUAGUAGAUACAUAUACAAUGAGAGUUUUAUAUAUAUAUAUAUAUAUAUAUAUACAUACAUAUAAUAUAUGUAGCUUUAAAGUGCUGCCUUUGAUCAUUUUAUUACA